GCUGCUCACGAUCACCUUAGGCCUCGGCACUAUCCGCGCCAGCCGUCGCUCCGUCCCACCCGCUGUCGCCGUCUACACUUACGCUCCUACCCGCGGGAUCCUUCGUCGGGUUUUAGAUUUUCGUCGGGUCUAGGACUACGGAUGAAUUCUCGUUUGAUAGAAGUCUCGGAUUCUAAUUGGUUCUUAUGUUUCAGAUUUUGGAUGUUUUUGCUACACCUAGCUUUAACCCGCCCCGUUGCGAGGCACACUUGUGUGCGUGCAGGUUUUAAAUAACAAACCCCCUCUCCUACUCUGUUUCCCCUGCCCUGGGAGAGAGAAGUGGGAGGAUGAAGAUGGGAGGGAAAGAACAGUGCUUCCCGGAAAAAGAUUGGCAGAAAAAACCACUCUUCCAGCUUGUAUAAAUACCCAAACCCCACCACCCAAGAAACGCAAAAUCGAGCAUAAAGGAGACGCGUUUCCGGGGUUUUCCCUCCCAAAGCUGGGGUUUUUCGAUCCGGGGGGCGUGCUCUUGUGGGUGGUUUCCGGCGAAAUUUUGAGCCACUUUUUUGGUCUAGUUUCUUGGCUCGGUUUCGUUUCCUACUGUUAUUUCUUCUUGGUGUUCUUGUCGUGUAUCUCUAGUCUCUACUCCCCCAUUCCUCCUCGAUCGGAACCUGUCGCCGGCCGGCGUCUUGUGUCAGUUUCUAACGUUUCUGGGAGGAGAGAGGAAAUAAAGAGUAAAAUUUUAGAUUUUGAUCGAAUCUGAGACCGGGGCGAUGUGGUAGAAGCGGCCAUUUUAGCCGGAGUUUGAUCCAUCCGAGAAGGCCGCUUUCUGGUACUCCCAAGGCGCGCGCGAUGCUGCGCAACAGAUCGAGAAGAGCAGUUGGUGCCAAGCAAGGAGGAGGAGGCCUCAUGGCUGAGCCACCGGCUACUGCUGCUAACGCCCAAUCCCCGAGGCGCCCUUCUUCUUCCUCUUCUGCUGCUGCUUCUGCGUUCCCUUCCCCGAGGCCGUUCAUGGCGAUGGCGCUACCCCAAGCCGGGUUCUUGGACGGUGCCGAGGGCCCCUCGUCGGCCAUGAGCCCCACCUCCAUUCUGGAGACCAAGCAGUUCUGCUGCUCCGCGCUGCCCCCGUUCUUGUCGGAGAGGAGCCUCAGGAGGGCGCAUAUGGACGCGGCCGCUCCAGAGCCGGCGGGCGUCGGCCUCGCCGACGUGCUCCGGGAGCACGGGGACGCCAAGGUUGGCGGCAGCAAGGUGGUGUUCGGGUCGCAGCUCAGAAUCCAGGUCCCCUCCGGCAGGGCGGUUGAGCUGGUGUCCUCCCCGAUCGAGUUCGGCGUCAAGAACCGGGACGCGCAGCUGGCGGUGCUUUCGCCGGCCAGGAGGUUCCUGCCGGAGGUGGUGAGCUCGCCGUCCGCCCGGGUGUUCGCCGGGGGCGUGGCCCCCGGGGAAAUGGCGAUGUCGGAGGACUACACCUGCGUUAUCUCGCGCGGUCCCAACCCGAGGACACGGCACAUCUUCGACGACUGCAUAGUUGAGAGCUGCGGGGAUGUGCUCGUGCAGAAGAAGGACACGGGGGCGGGCGCUGUCGAUGAUGGCGGCGCGGCUGCAGCGAGAGGUUUCUUGAGCUCUUGCCAUGCAUGCAACAAACAACUUGGUCAUGGCAAUGACAUCUUUAUCUAUCGGAAGGUGAAAUCGCUAUCAAACUGCUGCCCUGUGCAAGAGGAAGCAUGAAUGAAAAAUACAUAAUGAUCUUCUGAAGUUGGGACAGCAACUUUGACAACAUGAUCUGCUAGAUCUGUACCAUAAAACAACAACGGAUUCAGGGACAUCUCUGAUCUCUACAUAGUAUGUGCUAAGUUUAAAGCAUAAAAGCUUGGAGAAGUGAGAAAUUAGUAUUCUACACUAAAAUUAACAUCACCCUGUUUUCUUACUGUACUUAUUUUUCGCGUUAAUGAUGUAGGAAAAUAAAAAAGAAUAAUUCCUGAACAUCUGGUUCGAUGAUUAUGAAUAUAUGACAGACACAGAGUAGCCCGAAAGCACAAUUUCUCGAACUCUUACCUACUCUUUUUUUUGACGUGGAGAUUCCUUCCAUCAUUGCAAAAUUUAUGCCAUCACCGAUCCACAUCUUGUUGAUGUUUAGAUGGUUCACAUGUACGAGACCUUGAUGAGUACUUCUAGUGUUAGGGUUAGGAUCAUCAAUGACUUUCUGAUUGAGGCGUGGACUAUAUAAUACAUCUAUAAUGGAGGUUAUCAAGAUUAUGUGAGCUUUUAUGUAACCAAUCUUUGCUGACAAUUUGAUUCCCCUGUAAUUUAAUAGUAGGCGUUGUUUACUGGAAACAAGUUGCUUGCUCAUUUCAGAUUGUGAUGUUUUGAUUCCCUUCGCUUUCUAAGGGAGAUUUGCCCCUUGUUUCAGCAUAUAUAUUUGCAUUGCAGUGCUAUUAGGAACCAAGAGUUCAUUUAUUCCCUGUGUUUGCUUGGGUUAGGUGCUUAACAUUUACAAUUCUAGAUUGCGAUGUUUUGCCUUCACAUAGAAAACUAAGCAAAGGAGUUCAUUUUUGGCACCCAUUGAUGUUGCUAAAUGAGGUCCAUGUCCAAGCCGUGCUGGUCUUGGUGCUCCUACUCCUGACCAUGAGCGGGACCAGUUAUCAUCACUAAAAAACAAAAGUUUCUGUAUCAGAGUUGCGAGUUUGACAACCUUGAUGCCCCUUGAUGCCAAAAAGAUAUACUUAGUUUCUAUUUGGCAUAACUUAUCAGUAGCUUUUGCUUUUCAGAAACCAUAAGCUGUGCCAAAUAGGCUGAGCUUAUUCUGUCUUUUGAAAAGCUGAUAACUGGUUUCUGAUAAAAUAAAUUAAAAGCUGAUAAGCUAGUUGAGAAUGGCUUUUUUAAAAGCUGUGUGCUGAGAGCCUAAAAAUUAAGACCAUAAGCUAAUAGAUUUUCUCAAAAGUUAUAAGCAGCUUUUCAGAAAAGCAGUUUUUCAAAAAAAAACUCAUAAGUUUCAGCUGUGCUAAACAUGGCCUUAGUUUGCUUAGAUAAAAAGGUGAAAGAGAUUUGUGCCGUGUCUUAGUUCUAAUUUUUCUUGCUUGCGGCAUAUGAUCCAUGGAAGUGCAAAACUCUAGCUUUGAGAUGUGCUCCAAAACCUUUUAGCUUCACAUCUUCUGAUGCUAUCUUCGAGCACAGUAGUUUUAUUUGUUCCUGUGCUUUUCACAUAGACGAAACAUGAACAGCAAUUGUCUCGAAUAGCCGCACGCAUUUUAUAAUUCAGAAGUUAGGUCAUUACUGUACUGUUGUGAUAUAAUUGGUCCUUUUCUCUUUU